CGACGAUCUGCAGCUUCGGACGAGUUCCCCGCACAGGUGGCUCAUGUGUCUGGCUGGCGGGAUCCAUCGGCACGUCGGUCAUGAGGUAUAAAUCAGUAGGGACCUACCUAGGUGCCUACAUACCUAGGUAGCGUCAGGAUAGGAUAUCAUCUACUCCCCUAAGACACCUAUGAACUUUUGAACGUGAAUACUCUACGCGGCCAGCUCCAGUGGAAACAAUGGCACAUGGAAGUGUGCUGACUGAUGCCGAAAAGGAGCACUUCCUUGAGCACGGCUGGAUCAAGGUCAAGGGUGCAUUCACCAGACAACAGGCCGAGGAGAUGACUAAGGAUGUCUGGGUGCGUCUUGGCAUGUCACCAACGGACAAAAGUACCUGGACAGAAAAGCGCGUCAACAUGCCUGAACACAACACUUUCGAUGCCUCCGAAUUUGCCCCCAAGGCGUGGGCAGCGGCCAGUGAGCUCUGCGGUGGUGAGGACCGUAUCGAACCAGCAUACCGCAACUGGAGAGACACCUUUAUAGUUAAUCUCGGGAGUCCAGGUGGUGUCGAUGUCCCACCCCGGGAUCUAGAUGGAUGGCAUGUCGAUGGUGAUUUCUUCGUCCACUACCUGGACAGCCCCGAGCAGGGCCUCCUGAUAAUCCCUCUAUUCACAGAUAUUGUGGAGGGGGGAGGGGGCACGGUAAUUGCGCCCGACGCAAUGUCGGCAGUCGCGCACCACCUGUAUCAGCACCCCGAAGGAGUAUCGCCCCGCAUGGUCCCUCGCGGGGAGCCCGACUUCGAGAAAGAGAGAAACCUGGAGUGGUUCAACAACUUGGCCGCGAGUUCGACACAGUUUGUGGAGGCGACGGGCGACGUAGGCGACGUCUAUCUGCUGCACCCGCUGAUGCUGCAUUCGGCGUCAUCAAACCCGCUUCGCCGUGCUCGCAUAAUCCUGAACCCGCCGGUCAUGCUGCGGGCGCCCUUCUGCUUUAACAGGCCGGACGGUGACUAUAGUCUCGUUGAGCUCAGGACUUUGCGAGCCCUGGGGAAGGAGCCCCCUUUGGAUUGGGGUAUCAAGGCCCCCAGGCAGCGGAUAGUGCCCGAACGGGUGAAAAGAUGGGAGAAAAUGAAGCAAGAAGAGGCUAGGAGAAUGGAGCAGGCAAAGGCACAGGCGACGGCGUAGCGGGAGGUUAUUAAUCAGGCUCGCCGGGGCACGCCAGGCACGACAUGUGGAAACAGGGCAGCAUCAGGAUUACAGGGAACUUGGAAACAGGACACGCGAAUGGCUGCCAGAUACAGGAUAAGCGACAAAAAAAAAGAGUAGACAUACCUAGAGACGGGAAUUAGAAAGGAUACUUGUAAAAGGACUAAUCUGCAGGAGAGGAUUGGAUAAUGCGGG